GAAUCCCAGAAACCCAAACGUAAAUACUUUACCAGUUGCUCAACGUAAACUAACGUUCUACAUGUUCCAUUCACAAAAAGGUGACCGUUCCAAAUUUAAAAAUUAAAAAAACAUCUGCACAGCGUUAUCGGGCGAUCACUCGAGAAUCGAUUAAUCGUAAACGCAUAGCAAAGCUAUCGAUUCAUACGGACCGCUGCAUCGGUACCAUCAACACUGUUAAUUUUAGCCAGUCGAAAUCGCGAUGUCAAAGAUAGCGUACGAUAUACCCGCUCCGAAUGUUUACGUUAUUACACUGAAAACGAUGUUUUUCGUUCGCGAGUUAUUUUUAUGAGUGAAAACCUGGCCUCUUCUCACUGGAGAGCGGUCGUGCGGUCGCUUUUCGAAAUCGGGACCUACAUUUGAAUAGUUUUCUUAUAAAGGGAAAAUAUAGUGGUUUGUUAGCAUUAUCUGAAACUAACUGCCGUUGAAUGCUUGUGGUUUUGUGCUGUGAUUUUGUUUGGAUUUCUACUCGAGAAACUUUAAGAAUUAAGGUGUUACUCGACGCAUGGCGCGUGCGCUGGGGCAAGAUGUCGGGCAUGACGGGCGCCAGCAUGCUGCGCACACGACGCAAGGAUGUCAACCUCAAACCCAAUCGGAAGUUGGACCGCAAGUCUUCGCGGGGCAUGCUCUUCGAGAACGAAGAGCUGCGUCUGCGCACCAUCAAUAUUAACGCGGAGGUCGAACGAGGACAGUCAGACAUAAAGAAGCUAAAGCGAGAAAACGAUCAACUAAAACGAGAGAUUUCGGCGCUCCGCUACGAGUAUGACCGUCUUGAUCGCCUACUGCGUGACCGAAAAUCAUCGCCUGAUAACUCUGACGACAGCGCGUCUGUAUGCAGUGCGUGUCCAGAAUGCGCAAGUGUCGGAUCCGGGAGGGUGUUCCAUGACCUUGAAGCUGUUCCUGAGGAGGGCGAGGAGGGGAAUAAGAAAAAGCAAGCACACGGAAAACCACGGAUUCCACCCACACCUAAGCAAACACGUCGCGGGGCUAAUAAAGCCUCAACGCAGACCUUCAGCGGCGUUGAGUCCCCGUGCACAUGCGACGACUGCCAGCAGCCCGAAGACAUUCCCAUAACCAAGCAGCCAACCAGCACGCAGAUGACGCCCAUGAUGCCCAACGCUGCACCCAACUCGCAACCCCAACCCGGGCGGCCCGUGGAUGUCCUCAUCCACGACAACCAAGAACCACAAUACUUCCAAAGCGUCACAUCACCCCCCUACCAUGUCACCACACCUCCCCCUCCAGGCUUCGUCCUCGCCCCUUACCAACCACCCCGAUUCCACACCGGAGGAAACGUAGAAGACUUACUAGGAGAUGUCCAAAACACACCCACGAUACAGACAACCUUCAUUCAGCAGAAUUCCGUCUUCAUGUGCGAAAGGAAAGUUUUGCAGAAAUGCUGCUGUCAGAAACGCGAACCAGUACCAACGACGUCGCAAGAUGAAAAACAGCAGUCUUAUGUGACUGAAAAGAAUAUAGAGCUAACGUAUGACUAUCCAAGAAACACUCCAAUCACUGCAGCUUCUAGUCCAAAAUCUGGAGACGAGCACACAACGACAACAACAGAAGUGGCGAGCACUGUUGUAUUCGUCGAACGAAGGAUACCAGUGAAGCCGAAAAAGUUCGAUUUCUUCUUCAGAUCUCGCUCAGCCCCAGUUGGAGAUCACGAAGAACCUAUUUAUGCAACUGUCAACAAAUUACCAAAAAGAUUAAGAAGGAUGGAACUAGCCAAUUUAGAGAAAGAAGUAGCUUACAAAUCUGGCGAACCAGAUUCUUCCACGCGGACAGAGCUAACGUUAAAAACCGACUCAGAAUCUCAAGUACCUCAUCCAGAUGACGAUACCAGUAGAUCUGAAAGAGAAAAGUCCAUAGUCCCACAAAGACCAGAUUCUCCCAAAGCGAAGAAGCGGAAAAGAUUCUCGCUGACGUUCAAAAAGAGGGAGAGAAAAAGAAAAGAGAAAAAGGAUAAAAAGAAAGAGAUGAAGAAUGGAGUAGCGAAGGUGCCCGUGACAGAGAGUGAUAAUGAGAGGUUGAUAGAUAAGGAACAGGAGAAGCCUAAGCUUUGUACGCGGCAUCGGCCGAGGAACACGUUGUCGUCGUCAAGCUCUGGCCCGCGGUACAAGCGGGAUAGCUAUCAGGAGAUGACGACAUCCCACUCAGAGCACGAGCGAACGAACAGCGUCUGCUCCUCCGUCAACUCCCUGGCUUCAGCGUGCACCCACAAAUCAAGAAAACUUUCCGCUCCGCCCAUCGCUGACGGGUCCAUACCCUGGUGCGGGUGCUGGGGUGCGGGCUGUGUGUGAUGGGCUAUGGACCUCGUCGCACUUAAUAAUGCAGGAAACUCUGCCUCGCCCGUCGCUGGAAAGUCCCAUACCCUGGCGCGGGUUGUGUUGGGCUCCAAACGUGUGCAGUUCUAAAGCAGGGCAGCUAAAGGCAUAGUUAAACUCCCUGGCGUCAGACUACACCCAUAAAUCCAGGAAACUCCUCUCCACCCGCUGCUGACGGGUCCAUUUCCUUGUGUGGGUUCUGGUUGUGUGUGAUAAGCUAGAGGUAUUGUUCAAUAAGAUAUCAAAGAAGUAAAGCAAGGUGCCCGUUUGAGAAUCUGUCACCAUCGAAAGCUUAAACUUGACAUUGACAUUUCACGCCAAAGCAAGCCCUACAGUUCGCGCUUGCGCGUGAGCAGUACCUAUGCAAUAGAGGUCGGGCACAUGUUGUUGGUAAUACUUGAGGUCCGAAGGAUUACAGAAAUUUCUCAAAAUUUUUAUGGAAAAUUUUCCUUUAGUUUUUGUGGAAUUUUCUAGAUGAAAACAUCUAGAAAAUUCCACAAAAACUUCUUGAAAAAUCAAGAAGUUUCAUAACUAGGCUUGGGACUUUUGGAUGCUCGCCGUGGUUUUAAAAUCCACGGAGUCGCCAUUAUGUUAUAAUAUUAUUUUCGAAGUCAAAGUGUAAAAAUAAAAUAUUAUAUUAGUUGUCAUGAUUUAUGCUGUUAUAUAGGUAAUAAACACGUUAUUAUGACUACAUUUAUGAAGGAAAAUGUGAAAAAUAAAUACCGUUCCCCAAAAAUUCGCAAAAAUUCUAAAUCCGUUAUUUCCGAAGUUUACCGAUGAAAAAUUAUGAAAUUUUUACAUAAUAUUAACUACACUAUAAAUUUUAUUUUAUAAUCACAUCUGAAUUGGUAACUUUUUUAUUAACAAAAAACAUUUCCGAAUUAUGUUUGCAAUUUAACCAACUUGCGUUUAUAACACUUGAAAUUUCUAUGCCAUUACAUUCAAGACACCUUUUUUCAAAUAAAAGAACAAUUUUUGAAAUCGGUUUACAUGAUAGACAAUUAUCCUCGAAAAACCAACAUACGUGCAUUACAUCGCGCAAAUUAGUUAAACAAUUUGCCGAUAGAUGGCGCUAUACACAAUUAUACUUAGUAUAGAUACUUAUGUUCAAAAGUCUUUCGACUUUAUAGUUACACGAGAUAAUUCAAAGUUUGUACGGAACCCUCGGUGCGCGAUUAAAACGAACUCGUUCGUAAAUAAAUAAAUAAUAAUAAAUAUUAUAGGACAUUAUUACACAAAUUGACUAAGCUCUUGACCGGUUUUUUAUUUUUGAUUAAAGACGGUUUAAGCAAUUUAUGAUUUAUGAUAUAAUAUAAAAUGAAUAGUUUAACGACUUGCGACAUUGAGUCCUGGUUAGAGCCGUAUAAGGAGUUAAAAUAUGAUGAAGAGAAGUCUUGUAUAUUUUGUUCUUUAUGUGAUGUAUAUUUCAAAGCAGAAAAAAAUAUGUUUAUUGUAAAAAAUAUAUAAAAUAAUGGCGACUCCGUGGAUUCUAGAACCACGGCGAGCAUCCAAAAGUCCCAAGCCUACAUAACGUUUUGAAUACUUUCUCAGACUUGUACAUCUGUAGAUAGCAACAAAGGGUAUGAUUGAUAUAAAUUUAAGCAAGGUUCAGAAUGAUGUAUGAAUGGAUGAUGCUCUGUGGAUUUAUAAAAAACAUGUUACAUAACUACAAUAACUAGGUGCAAUAGGAAUUUUGUUAUCCCGCCACCAAUAUACUCGUAGAGUAGUCUUGUUUACACUUAGGCUAAGCUUCGGGUAAAGUUAAAUCUUUUAAAGAUACACAUACCAUGGACCAAAGAAACUAAGAUCUUAAUAUAUGAAGUUUUAUUGUAGGUUCCGAAGUACAUAAUAGGGAUUUAAAUUAACUUUUGUACUGCCAGAAAUAGUACAGUUAGAGAUUAGAACAAAACAUAUAGUUCCCUUCCGAUUCCUUUAUAAGGUGAAGAUGUGGGAAAAGAGAGGAGAGGAGAUGACCUCCUUUCCCUGCCCCGGUCAAAUAAACUGCUUGUUCCACCUGACCUUUCUAAAGCAUAAUUUAAAAGCAUUACACUUACACAAUAUGUUGAAUUACAGUAAGUAUAAAUUUCAUUGUUCAAUUUGAUCACAGAGGAAUGUUAGGUGUACAUAGAACUUAGUUGAAUAAUGAGCUUAAAUUGGUUAAAGGAUGGUGCAAUCUUAUGGUAAAACAUAUCUGUUAUAUUAUGAAUAAAAUAUUUAUUGUACAGUUAUAUCUGCAA